AAAAACCGGUUGCCCGUUUUACCUGCUGGCUGUCCGAAACCACCCGUAUGAAACCUGGGAGAUAAAAGACGGAACAAUUGAACAUAACCACGAACUUUGUGAGGACCUGUCGGCCCACGCGUUUGUGCGAAGGUUUACUCCAAGCGAAAUGAAACUGAUCGAGCAGCUGACAGCUCAAAACAUGGAGCCGCGCAAAAUAUUUCAAACGAUAAGGAAGCAGGACCCCGACAGGUUUCAUGUUCAGAAAGACGUUCAAAACGUUGUAGCGAAGAUUAGAGCCGAACAAAGACAAGGAUUGACUCCCAUGCAGUCACUAGAAAAUGUGCUGAUGAAGAACGACUUUAUUUACGAGAUCCGGGAAGAACCCGGAACAGAGAUCGUAACAGAGAUCUUCUUUCUUCAUCGGGACUCGAGAGUCUUGUGGCGUGCAUUCCCCCACGUCAUGAUGAUCGAUGCAACGUACAAGACAAACAUAUACAAUAUGCCCUUUAUCCAGAUUGUUGGUAUGACGCCUACCAACAAAUCGUUUAUUAUCGCGCAUGCCGUUGUUAGUAAAGAACGGGGUGAUAACUUUGUGUGGGUGCUUGAGAGGGUUAAGGCAAUGUUGGAUGAAUGUAUGGAGCCACGUGUGAUUUUAACGGAUAGAGACCUAGCCCUUAUGGGCGCGUGUGCUAAAGUAUUUCCAGACGCCUCCAGGCUUCUUUGCAGGUGGCACAUACAACAGAAUGUUAUGAAGCACUGCAAGGGUGCCUUCACAGACGACGACUGGAAGAAAUUUUUGUCAUUCUGGGGUUCAUUGAUUGAGUCUCCAUCCAUACCCAUCUACGACUACCACUUGCGCAACAUGCGAAAGCGACUUGUGGAGUGCAAACGUUCUAGAGUCUUCAAAUACGUGUACGAUAACUGGCUAAAAGACUAUAAGGAGAUGUUUGUCUUUGCGUGGACUGAUAAGAGGCGCAACUUUGGUAAUCGUACUACAAACAGAGUUGAGAGCCAACAUGCCAACUUAAAGAGAUACGUCGAAGAUAGGAGCUCGCUGGACCGUAUAGUUGGUUGUGUCCGGGAUAUAGUUGAGACACAGUUCGGUGAAAUAAGGAAGACUUUUCGAGAAAGCAUCGAAAAAACAAUGAAACACCACAAACACCCGAUGUUUCAACACCUACUUGGAAAAGUAUCCCACAAAGCCCUUGACUUGUUGCAUGGAGAGGCAAUUAGGAGGCUAGAUGUCUUGGAGCGCUUUAAUUCAUCAUGUGGUUGCCAAAUGUGGCACAGCUGUGGGUUGCCCUGUGCUUGUAGGAUAGAAAAGUACAUGCGUGAAGAGCGUCCGAUUCAACUCGAAGACAUAGACGUCUUCUGGCGGAAACUUAACUUCCAAAGUUGUAAAUUGAUAGACGACUCCCUUGACGUGGUCGAAGAGCUAGAUGUUGUUAGACAACAAUUACAGUCGCACCCUCCAGCUCAGCAAAAAAGCCUGCUUUCAAAGAUUAAAGCGGUGUUGACUCCAACGAAAUCUACCAAGAAACCACCGGUUGUCCAACAAAAUACUCGUGGCCGACCAACAACAAAGCAGGUACAAGAAAGGUUGGACGAGGCCUCUCGUAUAGAUGAAGAAUUGAGGAGAAGCUCCUUCGGUGAUGCAAACACGUGCUUUGAAGGUUCACGACAAAGUAAGUACGAUAAACCUCGCCACAGCUCGUACGUUCCGUCUCAAGCCUCACAACAGUCGGUUAUAAGGUCCCAAAAACCCAAAGCGACCCUAAGCCGUUCAAAGAGUUCUAAGAAGAAAGAGACACGAGAUGAUCACGGUUUUCCUUUAAUCAUUGGGGACGAGUACGUGGGAAUCAUCGAACGGUUUAAGUCUGACAUUCCGCCAGUGUUCCAUCCGUACGUCUCGUGCAUACGAGAUGUGAUGCCGGACGGUCAUUGUGGGUUUCGGUCUGUGGCUGUGGGCUUAGGGAUGGAUCAGAGUUCAUGGGGGCGUAUUAGAAGGGACCUUGUCCAAGAAAUGGAUCAGAACGAAUCGAUCUGGUUCCCAAUAUUUGAAGCAUGGGCUGCAGGUUAUUUUUACACGCAUCGUCAGGGCCUAAUUUGGGAUUCAGUGGCCGGUUGUGGGGAGAAUCACUGGAUGGACUUCCCCUUUGCAGGACUUCUUAUUGCAUAAACGUACGGUAUCGGGGUGCACCUGUUAACGACAACCAUGGGUGCGAGUUCCACUUACUUCCCAAUACUAAGUCCUCCGGCUAAUCAACAACCAUUAUUCAUAACGCUUACACAUGUUAACGAGAACCACUUCAUACAUGUUAAGCUGGAAGGGGAUUAUCCUAUGCCACCAGCACACGGGCUAUGGUUGACCCACCGAAGACCCCACACAGAACAAUGGGAAGAUAUGUACUUGCCACGUCUAGAAUGGUAUACAUCGAUAAUGAAUCCUCGACCAAGAUCAAACCCCAGUCUUAAUUACAUAGAUAGUUACACGGAAGAAUGAUUUUUGUAAUUAAUAGUAUUUUUUUGGAAUUAAUAGAAUUUUUUUGUAA